AUGGUCAGACAGAGGUUUCUAAUAGAGAAAUUAAACAGAUUUAUUUUGGAGAAGAUAGUUAAACCAUCAAGAAGGGACUGGAGCAUUAAAUUGGAAGAAGCUCUAUGGGCCUACAAGACUGCAUACAAGACAACCAUAGGAAUGUCACCCUAUAGGGUAGUUUAUGGAAAAGCUUGCCAUCUCCUGGUUGAACUAGAGCACAAGGCCUAUUGGGCAAUUAAAGCAUGUAAUCUGGAUUUUGAAGCUGCUGUAAUAGAGAGGAAAUUGCAACUGCAAGAGCUAGAAGAAAUUAGAAUGGAGGCAUAUGAGAGCUCUAGAACCUACAAGGAGAAGAGUAAAAUCAUUCAUGACAAAGGAAUCUGA